AUGAACAACGCCAAUAACAGCGACUUCAAUCCAUUCCGUGAAAACGAAACGCCACCGGCAGGCUCUCCUCACGUAAAUUUUGCUGCGAAAUCACCUUCCAUCAUGCCAACUCCUAUAUACGAUGAUACAUCUUCAGUUGGAUCGUCUCCAUAUCAGUCUCCUGCUCUGUCUACCCCAUCUACAGCGAUGCCAUUGUCGCCUUCGCCUCUUGGGAGACAAGUAUAUGAAACAGAUCAAAGCGAUCAUGACAAAACAGAAGUGUAUGGGCCGACAUUCUCUGCAGAAGAUCAGUACAAUAGCGCACCAAACGCACCUCCAGCCACAGGCGCCUUGCUUAGCAAGGGCUUUGUGCCACCAAGCGAACAAACAGAAGAAAUACAACUGUACGAAACAAGUAAUCAAAAUAACAACAAUAGAAACUUUUCACCUUCCAAUGCAAAUGCAAAUGCAAAUGUAUCACCACCACUACCAGAACAGAGCCGAGUCGAUAUAUUCAUGAGCAAGUUGAAAGGGUACCAGCAACCAAAAGACUACAAUAACCUGGAAUCAGGGAUCAACACAAGUCGAGGCUUUGCUCAGCCAAUGCCAGUCAAGCAAAGAGGAACUGUAUACAAGCACUUGUUUGGCGGUGGAUCCAGGUUUGCCAUCUUUACCUGGGUAUCAGGUGUGAUCAUGGUCGGCGUCUUUGUAUACGAACUUAUCAGGAACAAUACUCUGGCGGGAAGUGUGAUUCAAACCAACCCCUUUAAUCCAAUGAUUGGACCUAAUUACAUGGCACUCAUCAACAUGGGCAGUAAAUUUGUACCUUGCAUGAGGAAUAUUGCACAAUAUCCAGCAUCAUUUACACUGAGCAACUGCUAUCAAUCUCUGGAAUCGACAUGUACAAUCGAGCAAGUGUGUGGAUUUGGUGGUUUCAACGGUCAACCGCCCAGUCAAGGAUUUCGAUUUUUCACUCCCAUCUUUCUACAUGCGGGUGUCGUUCACAUUCUUUUGAAUUUGGUCACUCAUUUUUCUACAGGCAGCGAAAUCGAACGCUCGUUGGGUGUUAUUCGCUAUGCUUUUUUGUAUCUUGCAUCUGGGAUUUGGGGCUUUAUAUUGAGUGGUGUGCUUGCUGGGCCUCUUGUCUCCUCCAUGGGAUGUUCAGGUGCAUUGUUCGGCAUCAUUGGCUACACAGUCAUCGAAUUGAUUGUUCAAUGGAAAGAAACUCUCAACCCUGGCAGAGAGCUAGUAAAACUGCUGUUUGUCAUUGCCAUUUCCCUGGUGUUGGGUUUGUUGCCUGGCCUCGAUAAUUUCGCUCAUAUUGGUGGCCUAAUCAUGGGAUUGCUCCUGGGCAUCCUAUUGGCACCAAAUCGUCGCACUGCAACUCGUCGCGCUAUCCUAUUUACCUGGAUUGCAAGAAUCGCAGCACUCGUCGUUGCCGUUGUGCUCUAUGUUGUCUUCUUGCGCAUCUUUUAUACCUCCUCUGAUUUAUCCACCAUUUGUCCCAAUUGUAAAUAUCUAUCAUGCUUACCGGUGAAUGGUUGGUGUGAUACAGUUUAA